UACAAUGGUGGGGAUCUUAUGGGAGGUCACGUUGGUAUGCACUCCAAGGCAAAAUUCAUGAACAUUUAGACUCAAAGCGAACUAUAUCUUGUUGAAAAAUGAUUUAGAAUGUUACGGAAAAAGUAACACAAAAAUUUAAUAAAAAGAGUAAAUGAAUAAAAUUCGAAAAAAGUGUUCAAAGCUAACGUGGAUGAGUGUUUUUUAUCAAACUGUUUUAAUAUAUUUUACAAUGUAAAAUCAAAUUUGGUUUGAUCUAUGUAUGUUGAUCUCAUUUGCGGUUCGUUGAUUUAUUAUUAUUGUUUUUGGAGUCGUGGCCCAUGGGUCGUUGAUUUGGUUGGUGACUUGGUGUGGGCAGGGGAUAGACGUCCUAAUUUGCAAUCUAAUCGUUCAUUAAUACAUCAGUUGCUAGAUUUGAUUUGGUCCAAUUGACUGAUCAUGAUUGUUCCCUCUCUUAUUUUUUAUGCAAUUGCUUAUGGGGCUCCUUCUUAAUUGAUUUCUUUAGAAAAACUUGAUCAGUUAUUCCUCUUAAGAAACGAGACAUAUAUAGUGAUUAAUAGUUAUUGACAUUUUUUCUAUAGUAAUGGUUGACCUAGGAUCAUUUACGGAAGGAUAACUUUCAAAUUGAUAACGUUCUAUCAAAUUUCAACACAUGCUACAAUUAAUUUGCAGGAACGCCCGAUAAUGUUUUACAGAAUUAUCAAUUAGAUGAAGAUAUAACCUAAAAUGUUUUACAAAAUCAUCACUUAAAUGAAGAUAUAAACACUCAAAAUACUGAGUAACUAAAAACAAGACCAACUUUUCUAUUCCACAUUCUCAAUUCUCAACACAAUCUAAAAUGAGUUUGCAGAACACUUUCUAAGAGAUGCCUUUAGAACUUACAAAUGGAAAGCCCUUUUGUGUGUCAUUUUCAUCAUUCCAAGCCUUUCUGCACUAGGGGCAAUAAUCAAAUCCCAUCAUCACUCAUCAUUCCUCCAUAAAUCCAUGUAUUAGAGAAUACAAUUCCACAUUCUCUUUAUUACAAUUUGGCCACUUUUAUGGUCCUUAUUUAAGGAUUGAAGGGCACAACCAUAUAUAUUUUCCCAUUUAUAUUUACAACAAUAAGAAGGGUUGUUGAUAAAAUCGAAUUAACUCAUGAAAUUAAAAUCUAAUCAAUUUUAUUUGAUUAGAUCUAUUUAUGUGAAUAAUCUCUUUAGUAUGAUCUAAUUUGACGUACCAUAUUGUUAUCUUCCUCUUAAGAAAGGAAGGGUGUCAACAGGAAUCAGAUUAAACCAAGUCUAAAAGUAAAGGAAAUUUGAGGUACAACACUAAAUAAAAUUGUCAUUGUUCUUUUUAUAUUUGGAAGAUUCAUGAAUUAGACGAAACAAUGUCAUAUUUAAUCUUGUUUAGUUCAUGAAAAUGAAUAGCAAAAUGCAUAAUAUGUGGUCUGAUCCAAAUAACAAUUUGAUAUGAUUUAAUUGAGACAUGAUCACAUGGAGGAGUUGCAAAUUUCGAGAACACAGAAGGAAGAGGCGAGGAACAAAGAUCUGUUGAAAUAAAAAAAAUUAAUUGAAAUCUCAUCCACACACGCCAUCAACUCACGAGUCAUACCUCACGAGUCACGAUUCGUUCUUUUAUAGUUACGUCAAAAAAACAACUCUCAGUAUCUUAUCGUAACUCGGCGGCUACUCCAACUCAGUACCGACUGCUAAGUGCCAACAGUGAAGCUGAGCCAGGCGGGCUUCCCUCUCCAUCACCCAGGUGCUCCUCGCAUUUCUCUUCCUUCCUUCCUUCCUUCUGCAUUUAAUCUCCCUGCUGUGAACUGCAGUUUCCGUUUUCCCCCAAUCCUGUUUCACACUCUCUCGCUGACAGUGACACCUUUCCUUUCUUGUAUUUGUAUUUCCUGCAAUGCCGAUCGGAAUUUGGAUUCUGUAGAUUUCGAUUCUUCCGCCGGUUGCGGUUUUCGUUUCAGCCGGCGAAUCUUUGGGUGAGUGUGAGAGAGAGGGGGAAUAAUCAAGUGGAAGCAGAAUGUGGAAGCUGAAGAUAGCCGAUGGAGGGAGUAAUCCAUGGCUGAGGACUACGAACGAUCAUGUAGGAAGGCAAGUCUGGGAGUUCGAUCCGAAGCUCGGAUCUCCCGAGGAGCUCGCCGAGAUUGAGCAAGUUCGUCAAGAUUUCUACAAGAAUCGGUUCCACAAGAAGCACAGCUCCGAUCUCCUCAUGCGCAAACAGUUUGCAAAGGAGAAUCCGCUGGUUAAUGUGUUGCCUCAAGUGACGGUGAAAGAGAAAGAAGAUGUUACAGAGGAGGCAGUGACAAGAACUUUAAGAAGGGCUUUGGAUUAUUACUCGACGAUCCAGGCUCAUGAUGGACACUGGCCAGGGGAUUAUGGAGGGCCUAUGUUUCUCAUGCCCGGUUUGGUAAUUACUCUGUCCGUGACAGGGGCAUUGAAUGCAGUUUUGUCAGAUGAACACAAGCGGGAGAUGCGCCGGUACCUCUAUAAUCAUCAGAAUGAAGAUGGUGGGUGGGGCUUACACAUCGAGGGACCUAGCACCAUGUUUGGAAGCGUUCUCACUUAUGUAACGUUGCGCUUGCUUGGUGAGGGAGCUAAUGACGGAGAAGGAGCGAUGGAGAAAGGGCGUGACUGGAUCUUGAACCAUGGUGGAGCUACUGCUAUAACCUCAUGGGGGAAAAUGUGGCUUUCAGUACUUGGAGUCUUUGACUGGUCUGGCAAUAAUCCCCUGCCCCCAGAGAUAUGGCUUCUUCCUUAUAUUCUCCCAAUCCAUCCAGGAAGGAUGUGGUGUCAUUGCCGGAUGGUCUAUUUGCCUAUGUCCUAUUUGUAUGGGAAAAGGUUUGUUGGUCCCAUCACCCCAACAGUUUUAUCAUUGAGAAAGGAACUUUUCAAUGUACCAUUCCAUGAAGUUGACUGGAAUCUUGCCCGCAAUGAAUGUGCAAAGGAAGAUCUCUACUACCCACACCCUCUCAUUCAAGAUAUUCUCUGGGGGUUCCUUCACAAGUUCGUUGAGCCUAUUCUAAUGACCUGGCCUGGAAAGAAGUUGAGAGAAAAGGCACUUCAGACUACAAUGGAGCACAUACACUAUGAAGAUGAAAAUACCCGUUACAUUUGCAUAGGACCUGUAAAUAAGGUGUUAAAUAUGCUAUGUUGUUGGGUGGAGGAUCCAAACUCAGAAGCUUUUAAGCUGCAUCUUCCAAGAAUACCUGAUUACCUUUGGGUUGCUGAGGAUGGAAUGAAAAUGCAGGGGUAUAAUGGAAGUCAGUUAUGGGACACUUCUUUUGCUGUUCAAGCAAUUAUAUCAACCAGUCUUGUUGAAGAGUAUGGUUCAGCUCUUAAAAAAGCACACACAUAUGUGAAAAACUCACAGGUUUUGGACAAUUGCCCUGGUGACCUUGAUUAUUGGUACAGACACAUUUCUAAAGGGGCAUGGCCUUUCUCAACUGCUGACCAUGGCUGGCCUAUCUCAGACUGCACAGCAGAGGGAUUAAAAGCUGCUCUUUUACUAUCACAAAUGCCAUCAGAGCUUGUUGGGGAACCAUUGAAAGCACAGAGAUUUUAUGAUGCUGCAAAUGUGAUUUUAUCAUUACAGAAUGCUGAUGGUAGCUUCGCUACAUAUGAGCUCACAAGAUCCUAUAGUUGGUUGGAGUUGAUCAACCCAGCUGAAACAUUUGGUGACAUUGUUAUUGAUUACCCUUAUGUUGAAUGUACUUCAGCUGCGAUUCAAGCUUUAGUACCAUUCAAGAAACUUUAUCCUGGACAUCGGAUAGCAGAAGUUGAUGGUUGUAUCAAGAAGGCUGUUGCAUUCAUUGAAUCCAUUCAGGCUACAGAUGGCUCAUGGUAUGGUUCCUGGGCCGUUUGCUUUACGUAUGCUACAUGGUUUGGCAUAAAAGGAUUGGUUGCUGCUGGAAAGAACUUCGACAAUAGCUCUUGCAUCAGGAAAGCAUGUAACUUUUUGUUGUCCAAGCAGUGUUCUUCUGGUGGCUGGGGAGAGAGCUACCUUUCAUGUGUAAACAAGGUAUAUAGUAAUCUUGAAGGUGACAGAGGCCACGUGGUAAAUACCGGAUGGGCGAUGUUGGCUCUGAUUGCUGCUGGCCAGGCUGAGAGAGACCCAGCGCCACUGCACCGUGCAGCCAGAUUCUUGAUAAAUUCCCAAAUGGAGAAUGGAGAUUUCCCGCAGGAGGAAAUCAUGGGAGUUUUCAAUAGGAACUGUAUGAUUAGCUACUCAGCUUACAGAGACAUUUUCCCGAUUUGGGCGUUGGGAGAAUACAGAACCCGAGUCCUUCAUGCGUCGCUCAGAGAGACCCAACACCAACUCCACCGUGCAGCCAGAUUCUUUAUAAAUUCUGAAAUGGAGAACGGAGAUUUCCCACAGGAGGAAAUCAUGGGAGGAAUUUUAUGAUUACCUGUGCAGCCUACAGAGACAUUUUCCCAAUUUGGGCAUUGGGAGAAUACAGAACCCAAGUACUU